GCGGCCUCGCGGCCCUUCUCGUGGGUCCCGUCCUGCGCCACUGCUAAUGGGCCCACCGCAGUUACCCCAGACGGCUCAACCAACUGCGAGGCGCCACUGUCGACGAAUGCAUACAAAGAGCCAGUCCCCAAACCAUGUCGGUAUUUCGCUAUCUGUCGUCCCACCAGGGUUUUGGGUCCAGUCACCAGCCUUGACCAUAUUUACCUUCUGUUAUUCCCAGCCGCCAAGGGGCCUCGCCAUUGCACCACCAGCCGUUGGGUAGCUUGGCUGACGACGGCGCGCAAGCAGGACGCGCUUCGAUUCACCCGUAAUUAACUAUUACGCAGAGUGCAGUUGCCUGUCUCUGCUGUCUCUGUUGUCUCUGUCUUCGACACAAUCAUCAUGGCGUCUCCACACUCACAAUCGACGUCGCCAGCAAAUGUCGCGACCCCCGUUCCCUUUCCACAGCCCGAAGGUGGCUCCGACAGCUCAAAAAUCAAACAGCGCGCGCGAACUUCGACCAACGCAUCGGCAGCGUCAGCGUCAAGUAGAAUACGAAGUGCAAGCAUAAAGCUAAUGGAGUCGGACCCUCCGCCAGGCAUGUGGGCGGCCACAGGCAGUGUCGCCUCGAGAGCACCGUCAUUAGUCGACAUCAGGAGAGGCUCAUUUGGCUCUGACGGUUGGGACGACAACAUACAAAGGGAACAUCGUCGAGGCAGUCAAGGAAGCAAUGAGCGACCUGCCAACAAUCGAAAGGGCUCUUCUGGUAGAUUGGGCGUUGAGCCAUUUCCGGCCCUUACAGAGGAGAGGUCAUUUGAAGCUCGCGAUCGCGUCCCCACCUACGACGGUCAGCAUAAUAUCAAGGAUGUCGGCGCUAGUAUGGAGCCCAGAACAUCACACUUGACCGACAAGAGUGAAGAAGCUACCGUGCGCCAACCGUUGAACAGUUCCAGCCAGUAUGCGAACGGCUACAUACCGCCCCCCAAGCUGCCAUGGACCCAGUCUUUCGCGAUAGGCCUGAAGGGCUUCUGGAAGUGGUUCCUGACCAUACCCGGAUUUUUGAUUACGGUCUAUGGCCUCAACGUUGUGGCGUGGGGUGGCAUGCUAUUCCUGCUGCUCUGUAAUGCUGCUCCUGCUAUGUGCACACCUACCUGUGACGACAUCAACUCUCCGCGGAGGAUCUGGGUGGAGAUCGACUCACAAAUUCUGAACGCACUCUUCUGUGUGACUGGCUUCGGUCUUGCCCCGUGGAGAUUUCGCGACUUAUACUGGUGGGCGCAUUGGAGGCUUGGAAACCCUCAGAAGAAGCUAGUUGGUAUACGACGACUUGCUGGCAUACAUCGCGGAUGGUUUAGGCUUCCUGGUUCAGAACUACUCCCGGAAACUGCAGAUGCUACAAAGGUCAACUCUGAUGAUCCAUCCGUACCAAUACCGGCCAGCAAGAUCCCGGACCCGCCACCGACUGGUUGUCGCGCAUCACCGACUAUCUCCUGGAAGAUGGACUUUGUGCUGUGGAUGAACGCCUCAAACACCUUCUUCCAAGUCAUGCUUUGCUUCUACAUGUAUCAUUACAACCGCAUUGACCGACCGUCUUGGGCAACUGGCCUUUUCGUUGCAUUGGGCUGCAUUGUAGCAGGAGUUGCAGGCAUCAUGAUCACCAUCGAAGGAAAGCGGAUCAAAAAGGUGGAGGGUGUGCCCAUGCGCAAGGAAGACCAGGAUCAGCGGUCAGAUGAGGAAGCGCACAGUGCCCAACAUGUACCGCUCGUGUCUUAUCCUGGCGCUGCGCCAAAGGCAUGAUGCGUGCCCAGGUGGCUCGCAUGUCCAGUGUGUGUGUAGCUAUCUUGAUUGGCUCGGGAUUGAUGUUCCUUUGUCUUGGCCCUCCACCUUACGUCGUUGUGUGGCGAU